AUGCCGGGCAUCCCAAGGGAGGUCGCCGAGCACGAGCUCCGCAUUUUGCCAGGAUCCAAGCCCGUCCAGCAACGACUGCGCCGCUUCGAUGACGAGAGGCGUAGGGCCAUAGGAGAGGAAAUAGCUAAGCUCUUAGCCACAGGCUUCAUAAAGGAAAUCUUCCACUCCGACUGGCUUUCCAACUCAGUCCUUGUAAAGAAGAAGAAUGGUCAAUGGAGGAUGUGUGUUGAUUACACCAACCUGAACAAGGCCUACUUCUCUGACCAGAUCAAUCCACCCAUCGACCUUGACCGAGCGGAUCUGCCUCGGGCAACGGUCGCGGUCUAUGUCGACGACAUCGUUGUCAAGACACCACACGCGGAUGACCUGGUCGCUUCCCUGAGUGCCACGUUUGCCAACCUCAAGAGGUUUAACAUCAAGUUGAACCCUGAGAAGUGCACGUUCGGGUUCCCCAAGGGCAAACUUCUCGGAUAUAUGGUGUCCGAGCGUGGCAUCGAGGCCAACUGCGAAAAAAUUGCGGCCAUCACCAACAUGGGUCCAAUCCAUGGCAUCAAGGGAGUCCAGAGGCUGACCGAGUGCCUAGCAGCUCUUAGUCGGUUCAUUGUUCGACUAGGCGAAUGA